AUUUUGGGCCUUGACAGAAUGUUUCUGAGUGCUGAGCUCUAACGGGGACAGACUGCACAGCUGCCCACGCAGGCCUGGUACUUGCACUGAGGUUACCUUGAGGAGCUGAACUCCUUCCAGGUGCCCCGAUGUUUGCGUAACUGCAGCUGUGCAGGGAGCUGAAGGAAAACUUUGGCGCAAGCAGGGGGGUGCAGAGUGAAGUUAAUGAUUAUCCCCUGGGAACCGUGUCCUGCUCUGCCCUAGCUAGAGUGGCGGAGGCGACUAAGGCAGCAUGGUCCCGCUCUUCGCCUUGGCUGUGAUUGUGGGGCUGCUUAGCUUGCCAGGCCCUGCCAGGAGCCCCAAGACUGAGCCCCUGGCCCUGAGUGGCUCCAGCGAGCAGCCUCUCUUCCGGGGAGCUGAUCGCUAUGACUUCGCCAUUGUUGUCUCGGGAGGCAGCACGGAGUGCUUCUGGCAGUUUGCACAUCAGAGCGGCUACUUCUACUUCAGCUAUGAGGUACAACGGACUUCGGGAAUUGGACACGACCGGCACGUCCUGGCCACGGCAAAGGAUCCCAAUGGCCUCCAAGUGGGCAUUUCCCAGGAUGUACGAGGACAGAUCAACUUCCCAACCAAAGAGACAGGUUUUUACCAGCUGUGCCUGAGCAAUCGGUUCAACCACUUUGGCUUUGCCCAGGUUUAUCUCAACUUCGGUGUGUUCUAUGAAGGCUUUGACCUGCAAAACUCACCAGACAGGGAAAGGAAGCAAAUGAAUGACACGCUGGAGGCUAUUGAGGAGAGCACCCGCAAGCUGCAGGCCCACAUCUUCCACAUGUGGCGCUUUUAUAACUUUGCCCGGAUGAGGAAAACGGCUGAUUAUUUCAUCCUUCAGUCCAACUAUCACUAUGUGAACUGGUGGUCGCUAGCUCAGAGCCUCGUCAUUUUCCUCUCGGGGGUCCUGCAGUUGCAUUUCCUCAAGCGGCUUUUCAAUGUGCAGCCCACUACUGCCACCAACAAACCGAGGUGCUAAGGCCACUGGCUUUUACCACCUGUGGAGCCAUGCAGCAGGCAGGACAGCCCCCUCCCUCUGCAGAGCAUACCAAACCCAACUUCAUCCUUUCUACCACCCCUCCCCUGAAGAAUGGAAGCUCCUACUUGUAGAAGUGGGGCUGGGGGAUUGUCAGGUUCAGAAUUCCCUUUCUAGAGGUUACUGUUGUUCUCUACUGGGCCUCUGGUAUGAGUCCCAAGGUGGAGGAAGGCAGCAGGGAUGGUUAACUGCAUUCAGGGUUUCAUAGUGAUAUGGCUUGGAAAUCUUUUCAUGUUUCACAAAUAAACUGUUCGCUGUGUGAAGCCACAGCAGGUACCACUGCCACAGGAAGUAGAGCGUCUCUCUGCCUUGGACUAGUGCCAAUAGUGUCCUCUAGUGACAUAACCCCCUCAGUACCCCCACCCUAUCUCUAGGGGAACAGGACAGAAACAACCCUGGGGCAGAGGAGUCACUUUGUUCCUGUUGACUAAAACAGCUGUGCUGAUGUCACUGUUACACAGAAUUUCCAGCAGGCCCAGGCCCCCAUGGAUUCAGUAGG